CGCUCACCUUUGGCGCGUGAACAAAGGUGAGCUCCACUACGCUACUUUCGCGCUCGUGAGAACUUGUGAGUUAAAGUUAGUGUCAAGAGAAGAGAAGAGAAGAGAAGGUCUCCUGUUUAUGAGAGACCGAGAGCAGCCAUGGCUGAGUCCCAGCUAGAGUGCAUGGAAGACGGCCGGAUUGGUGAGAACAUCCCCGAGUCCAGGCCGGAGUUUUACUACAGCGAGACGCAGCGCGUGGCGCUCGAGGAACUGCUGAAGAACGGAGACGGUGCGUUCAAGACGUGCCUGGAUAAGGACAACGCCAAGAACUUCCUGUCGGCGAGCGAGAUCAAAGUGAUCCACAGCACUGUCGAAACAUACAGCACGCCCGAUGACAGCGGAGCAGCAACGGCUCGAAAGCAUGCAGACGACUCGACGUCUUUACGCUCGACCUACUGGCCUGAGAUGUCCGACACCGAAGUGCCGCUGCUGGACAUCGGCUGGCCGAACAGUGGCUUCUUUAAAGGGGUCACGCGUGGAAUGGUGUACACACACCCGCCCAAAGACAAUGGGCCACAUAUUAAAGAAGUUGUCCGUAGGCUGAUCCAAGAAGCACACAAGGUUGUGGCUAUUGUGAUGGACCUUCUCACAGAUCUUCAGAUCCUACAAGAUCUGCUGGAUGCAGCUUCCAUGCGUAACGUUGCUGUCUACAUUAUUCUAGACAGUAAGGGAGGGCCACAUUUCCUCGACAUGUGCAGAAGGCUGGAGGUCAGCCCUCACCAUAUCCAGAAUAUCCGUACCCGCAUGCUGAGAGGUGUAGGACUUGACCUGUCCUUUGGUAGAGUCCCUGGGAGUUUGAGCAACAAAUACAUGCUUAUAGAUGGAGAAAAAGUGAUGUUCGGAUCUUACAGCUUCUCAUGGAGUUCAUCACGUAUGGACAGAAACAUAAUCACCGUCAUGUCAGGACAAAUUGUCGACUUCUUCGACCGGGACUUUAGGGAGCUUUAUGCCAUCUCACGGGAGCUAAACCUCUUCAAGGAGUUCAGCAUCAGUAAACGUAAUACAGCAGCAUCAACCCGGGUGACUGUACCGACACGGCCCGCGCUGCCAGCCACCUCCCGCUUCCAAGUGAGUCUGGGAGACAAGGGGACUCUGAAAGUGCCUGCCCACAAGUACCACAACCCCAAAUACCUGCUAGCACUUGGCAACCUUCCUGAUGACAUCAGCUCUCCAGACGAUCUAAUCAAUAAAAUGGUAGAAUCUAAUAAAAAGUAUGCAGCAGAGGGGAAUCCAGUGGAAGAAGACAGUGAGAUGCUGCAAGAGCAGACCCCAUCCUCGUCUCUGAAGGGCAAUAAAGGUAUCAAAUUGUCAUGUGUACCUUCGAAAAGGAAAAAAUUUACUUUCCAGCGAAAAUCUAAACAAAAAGGAACUGGUAAGGAUGUGGGGGGAGAAGUGGGUAAGGAAGAUCCUGGUCCAUCCGCUACAACAAAACUGACACCACCCACUAAUACCAUAGAGGACAUCGCAGAGAGCCCAGAGGAACCUACUGCUGAAACAUCAAUGUCUGAAAAAACAAAGCGUAAAAAGAAGACAAAGAAUAAAAAGAACAAGUCAUCACAAAGUGAAGAUCAGGGUCCAGAAAGCCAUAAAGACAGCAAGAAGGGCUGUGCCAUCUCCUGAAGACUUGAAUGAAACAAAUACACUUGAAAAAGAAAUGAAAUCCAAGUUUCCCCUCACUCCAACAGAGGCUAAUCAGCCAACGUGUAGCUAAUAUUUGCUAGUUUCAUUUUACAAACUAAUUUAGCAAAUCUCCCAAAAACUUUGUUUUAAAAACAUCACAUUCCCAAAUCUCACUUCUAGGUCAAAUACAGAAUAUUGUAUUAUAUAGAUCAUCUAUACAACCAGUGCUAGAAAGCAUAAUGGCCCCAAGUUAUGUUAGUGGUCCAAGAUGGCUGCCUACAUGGCCUUUAGCAAUACUAUGAUGAGUGAGGGCUAAAAAUAAUUUGAAAAUUCCCACCCACUAGCUAGCUCUGCCUUACCACACAACAGGUACCAACCAGAGAGAACCUGAGAAGCAUGAAGCAAGCCUCAGAAACUCUUUCGAAUUGCUGCUCAUGCUAUGACAUAAAGCUUCUGAACAGACACGGAGGAACUAAAUAUGCCCUCAUGAAGACACCCGCGAUUUGUUAACUUUAAUAUGAUUAACACGGGAGAGUAAGGCCAUACCUUCCUCCCAGAGAACAAAUACAAUAAUGCUUAAUUGUAUUCUAAUGAGUACUAUUGCUAAGUAAAGGGUUUAUAGUCCGUGAUCAUGCUGUCCCAGCAAGCAUGCCCACAUUGGUCCUUCACAGGCAAGCCGUGGGUAAUGUGGGCCAGGGCUAAACCAUAAAAUCUCAUAUUGGCCCAGGGUUAUUUGCAUACCUGUGCAACAUUGACCUCAGCAUUGGCCCAAUAUGAGCAGCACAAACUGGGCUAACAUCACACCAAUGUGCAAACCCCUUAUAGGACAGUGUGAACUGCCACACUUGACAUUCAGAAAAAGGAAGCUAUCAACGGCUGCAACCAGAUUUCUGAGAAGGCAGGUUGUGAAAAACACUCGAGUGAAUGCAAAAGUCACAUAGCAAGACUUAGAGACAACAGGCAGAGAGUUUUCAGUGAGCACAGUAAUGUGCGUACUAAACGCAGAAGGUUUCCAUGCCAGAAGUCAAAGACGUACACCACUACUGACCAAAAAAUACAAGAAAAGUCGGCUCAAAAUCAUAUAAAUAAGCCACAGAAGUUUUGAGUUUUGGGGUUCUGUUCUGUGGAGCGAUGAAACAAACUGGUACUUUUCAGCACGAUGGAUCAGCGGUAUGUCUGGAGGAAGAAGAAUGAAGAAAGAACACUCUGUCCACAGUCAAGCAUGGUGGUGGCUCAGUGAUGCUCUGGGGCUGCUUUGCAUCCUCUGGCACUGGAAACCUGUAGUGUGUGGGAGACAAGAUGGGUUCACUGAAGUAUCAGGCAAUCCUAGGAGAAAAUGUCAUGCCAUCUGUGAGGAAGCUGAAGCUUGGGCGUUAUUGGACUUUCCAACAGUACAAUGAUCCCAAGCAUACCUCAAAUUCCACCAAGGCUUGGUUGCAGAAAAAGCCCUGAAAGAUUCUACAGGGCCAUCACAGUCACCCUGUAGAAAAUCUCUGGUGGGUUUUGAAGAAGGCGGUUACAGCACACAAACCCAAGAAUGUUAGCUAUUAGUUAGGCCUUUUGUUAAUUUUACCAAGUAUAAUCACUUGACAUAGUCUUUACUGAAUGGCUACAUAAAUCUGCAGUCUGGGCUGGAAAGAAAGCCCCAGCUUUCCAAUUAUUCUAAGUCCCAGCUAUUCUGUGUAUUUUUACUUAUGACCGUUGGUGGUGCUAUAGUUUUUGUUUCCACAAAAGUAAAAAAAAUAAUCCAUUUAAAGAAAUCCAUCCACCCAUAUUGCUUGUCCUACACAAGGUCGCCUGGAGUCUAUCCCUGGAAACUCAGGUACAAGGCAGGGUAAACCCUGGAUGGGGUGCCAACCCAUCAUAGGGCACAAUCACACACAGUCAUACACUACAGACAAUUUGGAAAUGUCAAUCAACCAACAACAUGUCUUUGGACUGGGGUUGGAAACCAGAGUACCUGUAGGAAACCCCCAAAGCUCCACGUACACAGGGCGAAGGUGGGAUUCGAUCCCCCAGCACAGGAGGUGCGAGGCAAACAUGCUAACCAUUUAACCACUUUGCUCCCUUCCCACUUAAAGCCAUUUGUUAAUAAAAAUAAAUAAAUAAAUAAGAAAUGAAACAGCAGAUAUAGCACACCAAACAUGUAUUGGCUACGUUUCUGCAGUUGGAUUAAGGGAAGAUUUGUGAUAUAAUAUAAAAAAAAAAUUAUAUAUAUCAUUCUUAUUCUGAAUCCUUCUACUAAAAUGUUAUGGAUUCCUUUUUUCUUUUUUAACUUGUACAUUCUCAGGAACAGCAAGUCUGUUGGACUAAGUGUACUUACAUUUGAAUGUAUUUUAUAAGAACUAUUAUAGACACAAAUUAUAUGUUUAAAACAGAUUUUAUGCGAUUGGUGCAAUGUUCAAAAAGGUGCUGUGUAAAUGAUAUAGAGCUGUACUGCCAUCUAGUGAUUACUUUGUGUCUGUGCAUAUAUGUAGGGGUGUGUGUGUGUGUGUGUGUGUGUGUGUGUGUGUGGACUAAAAAAAAAAUAUGACACUGAACAAGAGUAUGAGUGUGUUACUGUGUUACUUCCUCCUCUUGAGUUUACUGGCAUGUGCGUGUGUAUCCUGGGUGUGUUGCAACAGCGCUAACCACAGAAGGGAACGGCAAUUCAAGGAAGAGUAAAGGACACAUUCUGCAGCAACUCUUUAACAGGAAGCAGAGAAACACAGGAAACAGGGCCCAGUGGUAAAAUAGCACCCUCGCUAAACCACAAAACACAUGAUCAUAAUGGCUGGGUGGUUGCUAUUAAUGACUGAUUUAACAGUGAUAGAAAAAAAUUAGAUAUGAAAAAGUGAGCUUUAAUGAGCCUUAAAGGACUAUAGAUAUUUGGAAAGGGUGAUUCCAUGAUUGCAGUGCCAUUUAGCCUUUUAUUUUUAUUUUUAUUUUAUUUUAAAUCUUACAGCCUACAACGCGUGCCUUUGCACUGGGGGAGGUCCCAAAGGAACCCCCUGAAGCACGGGGUGAACAUGCAAACUACAUUCUUAUGAUUUACUUAAAUAAAUAUUUUUUUAAAUAUAA